UGCAUCUUGACAAUCACUAGUCACGUUUUGUACUAUGUGAAGCACUUGGUUAAAGUUUCAUAAAGGAGAUGCAACAUCAAAUGAAUCACUUUACUUUACUUGUUUACUCAGCCUUUUUUGUUCUGUGUGGAAUCUAGUACAUAGUGGUCCCUGCAGGCACUUCCGUUGCUAUAAGUUAGAACUAACUAAAAUAUUGAUCAGAAUAUCAAAGUGUCAUGAACAUGGAAGAAUUCGGAAAGAAUCAACCCAAAUAUGUCCCAUCUGAACUGGUAAAUUGUUCACCAAAUACUUGCAAUCCAACAUACCAUUGCUAUUUGAUAGAGUUGACGCAGGAUUUUGAACAUGACCUGUCGGUUCAUGACAUUUUGCUGGCAUUGAGGAAUGAACUUGACUCAGAAAUCACAGGCACACCAAUUAAGUUGUGUGUUGACGGUGGAAACUUGUCAGUAAACCUCAGACAUGUAGAACCGAUUGAUCUUAGUCCAGAUGAGGUUCAAAAUUGUAGAAGAUUUCAGACCACUCUCUUUAGGAUCCUUCUGAACAGGGAAGUGAAUAAGUUAACAAGUGAUUCGGAUGAUUUUAGUUUGGGAGAUAAUGCUGAAAUUGAUUAUCUUCUGCUCCCAGCCAUUCUUAAAGACCAGAGACCUUCAAAUUCAAUUAUUGAUUGGAAGUCUAUUUCUUCUGUACCUUUUUCAUCUGAGAGUACCUGUGAGUGUAAGGAUCAUACUCAUUAUGUGCGGACCAAAAAUGGUAUUGUUUGUUCUUGCAAACUUAAAAAUUCUGUGGUCUUCACUCCUGAUAACGGUACAAUUCAUAUCAAUGGGGCAAUGGAAUUGAAUGGAAACUCACGCCAGCAACACCAAAAAGGUAAGCGAGAUACCACCGACAAGGAGGACUUCAAAAUCGACCCCAAGAUUGAAUUGCAGAAAUCCCUACUUCGUGGAAGGGGGGGUGUUUUUAACGUUAAAAAUUACCUUCUGAAAGGCAAUAGAAAGAAGCUGAAAGGACCAAGCAUAGAUUACCCUUGUCAAUUGCCCCCAGAGCUUUGUGAUAUAAUCAUGUCACCAAUAGCAAUCAAUACCAUAUAUUCAUUUUCAUUCAUUCCAUCAAUCAUGCAUCGGGUCGAGUCCUUGCUCGUUGCCUUCAAAUUAAAAAAGUUGCUCCUGGAUCAUUGCGUGCAAAAUGUUGUCCCAAUCUGCAAGGUGUUGGAAGCAAUUACUACAAAGGAAUGUCAAGAGGCCUUUGAUUAUGAUUCCCUAGAGACACUCGGAGAUUCUUUUCUAAAGUACAUCACUACCCAACAUCUUUUCAAAACACACCAAAAUCUUAGUGAGGGUGAUCUUUCUGAAAAGAGGAAGCAGUUGAUUUCCAAUGAUGUCUUGUUUAAGUAUGGCUGUAGGCGCGGACUACCUGGUUUUAUAAGAAAAGGAAUUUUUGAACCACAACAGUGGCUUAUACCUGGCGAGAAGUCAGAGAAUAACUUGCUAAAAGAAGAGUUGGUUAAUGGAGUAAAGCCGAAGGUGGUUGCUGAUGUUGUUGAGGCACUAAUUGGUGCCUUCCUUAGCACAGGAGAUAAAGAAGCAGCUUUAUCGUUUAUUAAUUGGAUUGGAAUCGAGGUUGACAUGAACAUCAUACCAUAUGAGAGACACCUUAGUUUUGUCGCGGAGAAGCUUGUAAGAGUCAACCAUUUAGAAUCCCUGUUAAACUACUCAUUCCAAGACCCUUCCCUUUUAGUAGAAGCUCUGACACAUGGUUCUUGCAAUCGGACAGAAUUUCCAAAGGCUUUUAAUUAUCAGAGACUAGAGUUUCUUGGCGAUGCAGUGUUGGACUAUGUGAUCACGAUGUAUUUCUACAAUGAAUAUCCUGUUCAUUUGUUGUCUGCAAAGUUUUUAACUAUCAUGAGGUCUAUUUCUGUGAACAAUGAGUGUUACGCGCUGUCAGCCAUUAAAGCUAAGCUGAAUGAACACGUUCUCUGUGACUCUGGGGUAGAAAAGCUUAUUGCAGUCACUAUGAAAGGUGUUGAGAAUUUAUCUUUGGAAUCAAGUUUUGGAUGGGAGUUAGAAACAUAUUUCUCUCAGGUACUUGCAGAUGUUAUAGAAUCUAUAGCAGGAGCGAUUUUUGUUGAUUCAGGGUACAAGGAAGAUGUUGUUUUCCAAAGCAUAAGGCCUUUUUUGGAACCCCUGGUUACACCUGAAACAGCAAAACGACAUCCUAUUCAGGAGUUGACAGAGUUAUGCCAAAAAGAACAUUAUGAAAUGAAAGAAACCAUUUUCCCCGACCCCCAUGACAAAGAUACAAUCCAGGAGAAAGUUAAACGGAUCUAUUACGAGCACACUAAGAAAGCUGCUAAUAAGGAUAUAGCACGAAAAGUUGCCUCCAAGGAAGUUCUAAAACUCUUGAACUCUUGAUGAAGAGUCCCACCUAUUUAUGAUAUACAUGAAAAGGGAGAUAGCCAACCUGUGUUCUCUGGAGGGUUACAAGUGCUAGAUUCUUCUAAAGGAAUGCAGUGGAGGGUUUUUGAAGAGGAGUGAUCUUAUAUAAAGGCGUCCAUACCAAAUCAAGUGUAGGGUUUCAUCAUUUUUUUCCCAAUCUCUCAGUCAUGUUAAGAACAUAGCACAUUAAACAUCCUUUUUUUAACAUCUAAUUACACAUCUUAUCUUUAUUUUUCUUUUAAAAGAUGUGUAAUUAGUAAAAUGUGGUCGUUACUCAUCUCGUUCCUGAUCUAUGAGGUCGUAGUUCAUGAUAAUGAAACACAUUCCGUGUUCAUUCAUUUAUCGUUCGGUGCGAACAUCCGUAGUGAGAGAACUAGUAACUGCUAUUGGUAGUGAAUAUGUAUCCUGAUCUAAACAAUAAAUAUAAUCUUAUUUUUUGUGAA